GUCCUCUGUGGUUCCUGCGCGGCUCCGCACCAGACGUCAGGGGCGCUCGGUCGAUGGUUCAAUGGAUAGCCGUGUGUUUCUCUGAGGCUCGGGGCUUCUCCUCCGGGGGUCGCCGCGGCUCCGUCUGCAUAGUCCUUCUCGUCGGUACGCUGGCAGGCGCUGAUAUCUGACGCUCAGGCCAUGGCCUCUGUACAUAGAAGAGCCCCCGGUGAGGGGACGCCGGUGUCCCUGGAUGAUUUCCGUCAGUUCCACGAGAAUGACAGCCAUUGGGCGGCCCGCAGAGAGUUCCUGGCGCGUCACAUUCACGACUACCCGGGCCGCAAGAUGGACCAGCUGCUCGCCCUGUCUGUGGUGUGGACCAACAUCGUCUUCAUAGGGAACCGGUACGGUGCCCAAUUAACACAAAAAAUUCAACAGAUGGCUGAAGGAAUUGACACUGGUGAGAUGCCAUCGUAUGAGCUUGUGCCCGGGGCUAAGGCUUCAAAGAGACCUGCCACCUCAGUUGCCGCCGAACAACCCCAAAAGAAGAAGUUGGGCCCACGACCACGCUUCGAACCAGUACAUUUUGUGGUGAGCACAAAUGAGGAUGACAAGCAGUUUCAAGUAAGCGAAAAAAGAAGUAAUGACACAAGCAAUCAGGAAAAAGCUAACCCGCCACUUAUGUCCAAUGCAUCGUUUGCCGUCGACGACCUCUCCGAAGUGGAGUUGAAUCCCAGCCCCUAUGUGUAUGACUCGCAUCUGGUUGAUGAGCUGAGUAAAAGUGACUGCAGCAACUUCAUGACCAAAAUGGAGCAGGAUUACUCUGCUAAGUUUGAGGCUCAUUAUUCAAAUAUGUCCAAAGAUUUCCGCUCUAAUGUCCUAGAUUCAUGGCAGGGCAUGAACAAACAGGGGAGAAAAGGCAUUGGUUUUGUAAAACCACCGAAAAAACCUGGGAAGUUUGGCAAGGACAUUGCAUCAAGUUCUGUGGGUCACACGAUGCAUACUUUGGACAAACCCAGUCUUAUUAACCAACUUUCUGUGUUUGUGAAACAAAACAUGCAAAACCCUCAAAUGGUGGCUGGUAGCACGCGGGUUAACUACACCCACGUGUUAACCCAGUCUGUUCAGGCAUGUAAAUCAAAUCCAGAAUAUAUUUAUGUCUCUCUCAAGGAAAUACCUCCGAGCCUCCUUCCUAGACCUAGGAAAAUCCCUCCCGAUGGCUUUGCGUGUGAAGUCCGGUGCCAAGAUGUUUACUUGGCUACAGGUUUUUCAUGGACCAGAAUUGGAGCCCGAGACAAAGCAGCUGAGCUGGCCGUACAGCUCUUGGUGAAGCCCAUGGUCAAAGUGAUCCACACAAAGCGAAAGUUUGGCAGCGGCUAUCGUGACGACUUGGUGGCAUGCUCUAAUGAUUCUCUAGGGAUUGACUUGCCACCAGCUUUGAAACAAGACAGCGACCAUAAUAUGAAUGAGAGUUUCCCGGCAGGCCAGCAGUUUUCUGAAACCGUAAAAGGUGCCUCAACCAAACCAUGGUCAGAAUUUAUCCUCACCGGAAAUGCAUGCGACGCCAUAGGCAUCUUAAACAAUUCUGCCACUUUUAACAAAAUGACGGUUGAGUACAAGUAUGACAUGAUGCCCAAUAACACAUGGAGAUGCAAUGUAUAUGUGCAAGACCAUUGUAUAGCGGGAGCCUUUGGGAAUAAGAAGAACAGCAAGCAUGCUGCAGCAGAAGAAGCUGUCAAGGUCUUAGGACGCUUACAGCCUAACCAGAAGAAAUCUGAUAGGACCAGAUCCUCAGGCAACGGUGCCAUACUCUCAUUAAAAGACAUUGUGAUUUGUGAGAAUAAUGAAAACGCUGUCUGCACCCUGAAUGCCACGGCUCAGUUUAACAAGGUAUCUAUAGAAUACGUGUUUGAGAGAAUGGCUUCAGAUAUUUGGAAGUGCAAAGUAUUAAUUGAGCAAGAGCUUAUAGCGGAAGCCUUUGGCAUUAAGAAAACAGUAAAGCAUGAGGCUGCGGAGGCGGCUGUGAUGGUCCUAAAGAAGACCCAGCCGGUGGUAAUUAAUCAUCUGAGGAAGGGCCCCGCAGAAGAUGCAAUUUCUCGAAAUCAGAUCCGAGGGGUUUCAGAUACAGUGGCAUUCAAACAACAAAUCAAAGAGGACAAUAUCGGAAACCAGCUUCUAAGGAAGAUGGGAUGGACUGGUGGGGGCUUGGGCAAGGGAGGAGAAGGAAUUGCAGAGCCAAUUGCUGUAAAGGAGCAGUUUAGUCGUGAGGGCCUUGGCCUAACCGCAAGUAACCAAAAGAUCAACAAGAGAGACAUUGAGAACAUUGUCAGAAACUAUGCGGUGUCCAACAGUCAGGACGACCUGACGUUUUCUAGAGAGCUGAGCAAUGAAGAAAGAAAACACAUACAUAUGGUAGCUCAGAGAUACGGACUGAAGAGCAAGUCUUAUGGACAGGCAGCGAAAAGGUUUUUGGUAGUAAGCAGAAAACGUAAUAGACAGGAUCUCAUCCACCAGCUACGACAAGAAGGCCAGGUUGGCUCAUACGCUCUAGUUCUGCCUAAUCAGUGACAAGGUGAACGGUGUUUUGUGUUAUUUAUUCACGGCAUUGUUUUAGGUUGUCCAUUCAGGUAACUACUCAAUAAAUGGUGUUUUACCCUAGUUUAUUGCUUUAAACCUAAGCUGAUAUCAUGGAAGCACAUUUAUGGGGAAAUGAAAAGUUAAAAC